AUCUGGCGGGAAAAUAUCCAAAUUGGCAGCACUGCUCACUAGUCAACACUCGGACAAAUGUAAAUCUUAUCAAAAUAAGCCUAAAAUUACAAAAAUAAGCUGGACACGUUCAAACACAAUUACAUCACAGAAGAGGAUAUCGCCGGGAUGGAACCAUCGGCUUGUGAAGAUCUGAAAGCGUUUGAGCGGCGUCUGACCGAAGUAAUUUCCUCGUACAGGCCAUCUACGUUCCGCUGGCGCGUUAUAUUAUCCGCUCUAUCUGUCUGCACUGCAAUCAGCGCCUGGUAUUGGCUGCGAGACCCGCGCACUACGGUUGUUCCACUGACGGAAUCACUCUGGAUACAUCCGAUAUUUACAGUAGCCACAGUUACGUUAAUUGUGCUCUUUAUAUUGGGCAUACAAAAGUUAGUGAUAGCGCCGCAGAUAAUAACUUCACGUACGCGAUCAGUGCUAACAGACUUUGCCCUGGACCUAGAGCCCCACACUGGCAAAUUGAUACUUAAACCGCGUCAAAGCAACAACAAUGGCAACAACUCGUGAACUGAUGCGAGUGAGAUGGACUUAGUUAAUACGACUUCUUAGCGCCUUGCCCUCUUAAUAUGACGACUAUGAUAUGCCUACUUCCAUGAUGACGGCUUAAUCGCAUCCAACACCCUAAGUUUAAUGUAAUCCUAUAAUUAAAAAUUUUAAGUACCUUUUCACUUGGUUAAAAUUAUAUAGAAGCUCCAAUGUACAAAAUACCUUGCUCAUAAGCGUGUUCAUCUGUUUAGUUAUGGCGUUGUUAAUUUCUCUGCUGCCGCAACGAGCAACAUUUUAAUAAAAUGACGUUCAAAUUGAAA